AUGUCUUCAAAUCCAGCUAAUUUUUCUGACUCAUCUGAGAUGAGCUACAGUUCAUCAGAUGAAACACCAUGUGGACCCAAGAUGCAAUCUCAUGCCAAGACUGGUAUAAAUUCAUCCAAUGAUAAGGUUUACGACCCCAAUAGGGUGGAUAGAGUAGCAAAAUCUAGUGUCAAAUCAACUCAAAAUUCAUCAGGUGGACCUCAACAUGUGGAUCCAAUUUCUAAAGGAACGGAAUUUGGUACUAAGACUAUAGCUGAGCCAACCACCAACCAUCAUCCAUAUCCAAGCCCAAUGGCACCUGCAAAUUCUGAACUUCUAACCACUUCAACAGGAAUGGCAAUAGGAGCAUCAAAGAGUACCAGUUCUAUCACCAAUCUUGGCCAAAUGAAUGGUAGUAGCUCUCGAUCCGACAGCUUAGAGAGUUCCUCUAGUGCACCCCUCAGGCCUCAUACUGGUGGUGAUGUACGGUGGGAUGCCAUUACCAUGGUGUCUAAAGGUUCCCCACUUAAUCUUAGCCAUUUUCGGCUUCUUAAGCGCAUAGGUUAUGGAGACAUUGGCAGUGUCUAUCUUGUUGAGCUCAGAGGAACAAAUACAUUUUUUGCCAUGAAAGUCAUGGACAAGGCUUCUCUUGCUAGUAGAAACAAGCUAUUGCGAGCACAGACAGAAAGAGAGAUACUUGGACUUCUUGACCACCCAUUCUUGCCCACUCUCUAUUCUUACUUCGAGACUGAUAAGUUCUAUUGCUUGGUCAUGGAGUACUGUAGUGGAGGUAAUUUGCAUUCUCUUCGGCAGAAGCAACCUAACAAGCAUUUUACAGAGGAAGCUGCAAGAUUUUAUGCAUCACAGGUUUUGUUAGCACUUGAGUAUCUGCACAUGCUAGGAAUUGUGUACAGGGAUUUAAAACCAGAAAAUGUUUUAGUAAGAGAUGAGGGUCAUAUCAUGCUCUCGGACUUUGAUCUCUCACUCCGUUGUUCUGUCAAUCCUACACUAGUCAAGUCAUCAUCUGUCCACGUAAGCAAUGGUGGUAGUGGUGGUGGUGGUGGAGGUGGUGGUGGGGGCAUUUUAGACGAUGACCUUGCUGUGCAUGGUUGUAUGCAGCCAUCCCAUUUCUUUCCACGCAUUUUACCAGGCAAGAAAAAUCGGAAAUCUAAAUCAGAUUUUGGCCUUUCUGCUAAUGGCAACCUCCCUGAACUGAUGGCAGAGCCUACAAAUGUGCGUUCCAUGUCAUUUGUUGGAACACAUGAAUAUCUAGCCCCAGAGAUUAUACGAGGAGAGGGCCAUGGUAGUGCAGUGGACUGGUGGACAUUUGGUAUCUUCUUAUAUGAGCUCUUACAUGGGACAACCCCCUUCAAGGGUCACGGAAAUCGUGCCACACUUUUCAAUGUCGUAGGGCAGCCUCUGAAAUUCCCAGAAACACCACAAGUGAGUGUUGUUGCACGAAAUCUCAUACGAGGACUGUUGGUGAAAGAACCACAAAAACGGAUUGCCUAUAAAAGGGGUGCCACAGAAAUAAAGCAACACCCAUUUUUUGAGGGAGUGAACUGGGCUCUGGUGAGAUGUGCCAUGCCUCCGCACGUUCCUGAGCCAGUAGACUUUUCACAAUAUGCUAGCAAGGAAGCAAACACUGCAGACAAAAAGAUCACAGAUGUUAGAGGUGAUAAAAAGAACAAUAGUCAUAAUGAUUCAUCUUAUGUAGAUUUUGAGUACUUCUAG